AUGACCUCCCUGGAUGACCAGCUGUUCUCUCUUGGUGUGGAGAACACUGGUUUCCAUAGGUUUGUGGCAGAACUGGCUCCCCAUUACCAGUUGCCAUCCCAGACAACCCUUAGCCGCAGGGUGGUGCCAGCUUUAGACUUUGACGUCAAGCGAUGGAUCCAGCAGCAGUUGGCCAGGGCGGAGGUGGUGCCUUUGACAAGGGACCUCUGGAGCCGCCAAGGCACUCCUUUCCAGAGGUCUCAACACCCUCAUGCUACCUCCUGCCGGCACUUCCACCUGGGGCCCCAGCCUCAGAUUUCUGCAGACUUCCCCUUGCCUCAUGCCGUCCAGCCUCACAUGGCACCCACUCACCAGCACAGUGGCCCGCUGCACCCACCUCUGCCGCCUCUGCCUGCCCUGCCAUUCCAGGAUGUGACGGGACCCUCUUUCCUACCUCAGGCCCUUCACCAGCAAUACCUCCUCCAGCAGCAGCUCCUUGAGGCCCAACACCGCAGACUCAUGCCCCAUGCCAGGCGGACUCAGGAGCACGUGUCUGUCCAACCUCAUCGAUUACAUCCAAGCUUUGAAUUUGGCCAUCAACUUCAGACUCCUCAACCCCUGGGACCCCAGCCCAGAUAUUUAGCUGAAGGAACUGACUGGGAUCUCAGCGUCGAUGCUGGCCUGACUCACAGCCAGUUCCAGGUCAGGCCGGUCCCGCAGCAUUAUCAGCAUUACUUAGCCACUCAGAGAAUGCACCACUUCCCACGGAAUACAUCUUCAACGCAGAUGGUUGUCCACGAAAUUAGAAACUACUCUUACCCUCAGCUUCAGCUCCUCGCUCUUCAGGGACUGAACCCGAACAGACACACCUCUGCUGUGAGGGAAAGUUACGAAGAGCUGUUGCAGUUAGAAGACAGGCUGGGUAGUGUGAACAGAGGGGCUGUGCAAAACACAAUUGAACGGUUCACUUUCCCACACAAGUACAAGAAGAGAAGACCACAGGGAAGCAAAGUGGAAAAAGAAGAUGGGGAGGAGUCAGAUACUGACGAGAAGUGCACAAUCUGUCUCUCCAUGCUUGAAGAUGGCGAGGAUGUGAGGCGUUUACCUUGUAUGCAUCUAUUUCACCAAGUGUGUGUGGAUCAGUGGCUGGCGACCAGCAAGAAAUGCCCCAUCUGCCGAGUGGACAUUGAAACACAGCUGGGGUCUGACAGCUGAAAAGACUUUGGGCCACGGGGAUGCCUCCUCUUAUUUUGGGGUCCUUACUGGGGCGCACAGCCCUCACCGCAAAUGUUUUGCCUUCUGAGCCAUUUGAGUUUUUGAAGAAAGCCUGCAAGCACAUUCACAAAUUAUUUAAGACAAAUACAGAAGAAGAAGAAGAAAAGAAGAGUGAGAGGAUGGUUUAAUGGUUAUAAUGUCUAGAGGUAGGAGGAGAGCUGAGCAUUUAGCUGAAAUGCAUGGGGACGCGGCUAGAACGCCCAGCGGAAGGACAAGAGUUAGUUGUGGAAACGAAGGUACAUAGUGUGUUCUAGCUUUGACCUCUCAAUCCUGCUUCUCAAAGGAUUGUAUAUAUAUAUACCUCUUGAAUAAGUAGAAACACAUUUAGGGGUUCUAUAGCUAUUUCUAUGGAUGGCUGCUGGAGCAUGUGCGCUUAAGAAAUGUCGUCUUUUGAUG